UAUUCCCAGCACAAUCUGAAGCAUGGCGUGAAGACCGCCAAGGCAGCAGUUGACCAGAGAAACAGAUGCUACUGGACAGUCCAACAGGAACAUUUGGCUUCAAGGCACAAGACUGGACAGGAUGAAGGGCCUGUGUUUUUGGCUGCUGUUCCUUGUGCCUUCAUCAGCAUCUUCACUGUGGGAUUUACCAGUUCCAUACACUCUUCAUAGAGGCCUCGACCUGAAUGUGAAGGGAAUCGUCCUGAGAGCACUGGAUCAGUUCAGGCUGAAGUCAUGCAUUGACUUCACUGUCCGAGAGACGCAGGACUAUUUCAUUCACGUCCAAAAACUAGACGGGUGCUCCUCAUCCGUAGGACAACAGAACUUGGAAAAAGGACACAAUAUCUCCCUCAGUCGAUACUGCAGUUUCAUCAACACUGUCGAAGAACACUUCCUCCGCACUCUUGGCUUCUACCCCGAACACGUUCGACCUGACAGAGAUGAUUUUAUCACCAUUGUUUACGAAAACAUCCAAGAAGGGAAGUCAGAGAUGUUCAAUAUAGUGAAUGACAGCAGCAGCCAAGGAUUCCCGUACGACUACAGGUCUGUGACGCAUUUUGGAUCAUAUGAGUUCAGCAAAUUAGUCGUUCGCACAAUCCGCACCAAAGACCCCAAGUACCAAGACGUGAUCGGCCAAAGUGAGGAAAUGAGUCCAGGAGAUGCCAAGAAGCUCAACCUUCGCUACAAAUGCAACGACAGCGUUGCCUUUCAGCUGUAUUGUGAUUUUUCCGACGGAGCCAUGUGUCACAUGACAAACUGCUCAGGUGGGAGCACCAAAUGGGAAAGGGUCACGCGUGCUGAAGGUGGGCCGAGCUCUGACCACACCAGUCUUCCCAGUGUCACAGCAGAGAAAGGAUUUAAACCUGAGCCUCCACAGGAAGGUCACUUCAUGCAUGUAAGCACGGCGGCUGGUGAAGCAGGCGACUCUGCCUGGCUGGAGACCCCCAGAAUGAAGCCCAAGAGACAGGGUCACCUUCAGUGUCUGCAGUUCUACUACUUCCACAAUGGGAGCCCGGACGACCUGCUGAACAUCUGGAUCAGGGAGUUCAACAAUGAAACCAAUACAGCACGUCUCAUGGGACAAGUCACUGGACCACCAACGUCCCACUGGAGGAUCCACCAUGUUUCCCUGGAUGCUCAGAGUGAAUUCCAGGUGGAGUUUGAAGUUCAAAAAGGAAAUGGAAGCUCCUCUGGUGGCAUCUCCAUCGAUGACAUUAAUCUGUCAGAAAUACAAUGUCCUGAUGUGACCAUGCAGAUUGAUGAUUUUGAGCACGUCUUGACCACAAGUCCUUCCCGCACAAUCGUGUUCAGCCCGCGGCACUACUCCAGUGAUGGCUACGCAUAUCGUUUCGCUGUGGAUUUGAAUACAUUUUUUUUUGGAUUGCGAGUGCAAGUGCUGUCUGGCCAGAAUGAUGAUGAGCUGACGUGGCCAUGUCUGAACAGACAAGUGACACUGCAAGUGGUGGAUCAGACUCCCAACAUCCAGCACCACAUGUCGAGGCAAAGAAGCUUCACCACUGACUCGAGCAUGACAACAGAAAAUGGGACAAGUGUUUGGGACAAUCCGCGCAAGUUUGCGGCAGAAUUUGUGACCGAUGAUGGCGAGGAAGUCUUUGGCGGGCCGCUGGUUGGACUAGGAUUUUUUUGGUAUCUGGAUAACUUGAAGUCCCUCAACUUUCUUAAAGGAGAAAGUGCUGUAUUUGCCUUUGACUUCCAAGAUAUCACCCCUCUGAUCAAUGGAAGUUCACUUCCCAAGGCCAAACUUGGACCAACGGCAGUGAAGCUCACACCAAAAAACCCACGACAUGACUCAUGCACGACACGGGAGCCGACAACAGCUCACCCAACAACAGCUCAGCCAGCGACAGCUCACCCAGCGACGGCUCACCCAGCGACAGUUCAGCCAGCGACGGCUCACCCAGCGACAGUUCAGCCAGCGACGGCUCACCCAGCGACGGCUCAGCCAGCGACGGCUCACCCAGCGACGGCUCACCCAGCGACAGCUCACCCAGCGACGGCUCACCCAGCGACGGCUCAGCCAGCGACGGCUCACCCAACAACUGACCAAAGGCCCCCAACCACCAUGAGCGAUGGAGCUACAGUUGGCAGGUCACCCAUGAUCCAUAAAACAUUGGAUGACAGGAGACCCAGGACCCAUGAAACAUUGGAUGACAGGAGCAUUUUUUGUUUCUCUCCUGCGAUGAUGUCGUCGCCCAUCCUCAUCCUCCUGUCAGCAGUGCUGCUCUGGAUCGCCUGAGUGGAACCACCAGCUCAUGCUCUCCCAAAUAAAUGUGGAUUUUCUGGUGCGGGAUUGAAUGACAGGGUUUAGACAUUUGUCUUUGUCGUGAUUUAUUUUGGUGAUGGGUGUUUUAUCAAAGCAAAUAAAUGCAG